UUGAUGGAUAACAGGACAGAAGAGACACAAUUCAUCCUGGUGGGACUAACCAGUGACCCAGAACUGCUGAUCCCCCUUUUUAUCAUGUUCACCCUCAUCUACCUCAUCAAUGUGGUUGGGAACCUGGGGAUGAUGGCGCUGAUUCUCUUGGACUCCCGUCUCCACACUCCCAUGUACUUUUUCCUCAGUAACCUGUCUCUGGUGGAUCUUUGUUACUCUACAGCUGUCACUCCCAAGGUCAUGGCUGGAUUACUUAUGGGAGACAAGGUCAUCUCCUACAAUGCAUGUGCUGCUCAGAUGUUCUUUUUUGUAGCAUUUGCCACUGUGGAAAAUUACCUCUUGGCCUCAAUGGCCUAUGACCGCUACACAGCAGUGUGCAAGCCCCUCCAUUAUACCACCACCUUGACCACAGGUGUGUGUGCUUCUCUAGCUAUAGGCUCCUACAUCUGUGGUUUUCUGAAUGCCUCUUUCCAUGUUGGGGACAUAUUCAGUCUGUCUUUAUGUAAGUCCAAUCUGAUCCAUCACUUUUUCUGUGAUGUUCCAGCUGUCAUGGCUCUCUCUUGCUUUGAUAAACACGUUAGUGAACUGGUUCUUGUUUUUAUGUCAAGCUUUAAUGCCCUUUUUGCUCUUCUGGUUAUAUUGGUUUCCUACCUAUUCAUAUUUAUAUCCAUCUUGAAGAUGCAGUCAGCUCAGGGGCACCGAAAGGCUUUGUCCACCUGUGCUUCCCACCUCACUACAGUCUCCAUCUUCUAUGGGACAGUCAUCUUUAUGUAUUUACAGCCCAGUUCCAGCCAUUCCAUGGACACAGACAAAAUGGCUUCCGUGUUCUAUUCUGUGGUCAUCCCCAUGCUGAAUCCUGUGGUCUAUAGCCUGAGAAACAAAGAGGUCAAGUGUGCAUUCAAGAAGGUGGUGGAGAAGGCAAAUUUUUCUACAGGAUUGGGAAUUUAACAUUACAGUGUGCAUAAUCUUGUUUAAUUCCACUCAGACUUUCCCCAUGCAAUGAGCUACUUUUUAAGACUCAUGCUGCAUUUAAACUUCUGAAGCGACAUCCUUCUCUCUUCAAAAGUCUAUUGUUUGGCAAAAAGAAAACAUAUUCAGGGGCGCCAGAUGGCUCAGUUGGUUAA